GACCGCAGACAGAGCUUUCCAGGGUGGCAAGAGCAGAGACAAAAUGGCAGAUUGUGAUGGAGGAAAAGGGUGCGGAAGGUAGGAUAUCUCAAAGCAAUGAAAGAAAAUCCCUAGAAAGCGUAAUGUAUGGUGGGAGUCUUUGAUUUCUUUCGAUUUUGAAAUCUCAAAGCUGUAAAGUCUCUGUUGUAUUGGUGGGGAUGCUGUGGAUUUUUUCGAUCAACCGGUUCAUUUAGAUGUUGAAAUCUGAAAUGAAAUUUCAUAUUCAUGGCUGGUGAUUUGAUCAAAGGGUUUCUCUUUGAUUCCUUUGAAUAGUGAAGCCUGCAUCUCGGUUCUGUCCUUCCAAUAUUCAAAUGAGAGCUUGAGCUAGGGUUUAAAUUGGUCGCAAUUUUCAGUAUUACCCGUUGUUUGGAUUUGAAGAUUUGAUCAAUCUAGGGUUUGAUCAAUGGCAUCAUCUGGUUUCUUCGUCGUUUGUUUGCUCCAUUCUGUGGUUGCUCUAUCUUGUGGAGUCAUGAUGAUGUUCUAUACCAAUGAGGCCUCUGUGUUUGUCCAUGGCAGUAUGGUCGCCGGGAAGCUCGUGGGCUCAACACCACACGAUCAGCUCUUGAUUCAGAUCUCUGAUUCAUUUGCUGGAUUGCUUCUAGUAUCCAUUGGUUUUCUUCUGUUUAUGGUGGCAUUCCUUAAAGACCGGCAGUUUCAGAGCUUCUUUGCUAGAGGGUGUGUGCUCCUUCACUUGGCCAUGGCAAUUUGGCGGGUUUACUUUGAGAGAAGGCUUGAAGAUCUCAGCCAUGAUUGCCUGAGGGAGGUUGUUGGAGACAUUGUAUUAGGUCUUUCAUGGGUUUUCUUUCUCAUGUAUACUUGGAGGGAGAAGUAUGAUUGAUCUCAGAGUGAAAUUAAAAUGCCUCUUUUAUGGAGACAUAAGACUUCGGGUUUUAGCUGAAUGGCAUUCCUAAAGAAAUUAUGGUUUUCUGAUAUGCUGCUUGGCUAUAUAUCAGGAGACAUCAUCAAAUGAAGUGAAUAUGGUGAAGAAUUUUGGGAUUUACCUAUGAGGUGGAUGCUGUCUUUUAUUUUUAUGGGCACCAAACUUAAAAGAGGGCCAAAAAGAAAGGGCAUAUCUAUAGAACCUCAGGCCGGCAAGUUUGCUUGAUAACUUGUUGAAGAUUUUGAAUAUGCUGUGUGGUGCAAAAGUCAAGACUGCUGGAGAAUGGCAAUGAAUCUGGGUUUAGAAAGUCUUUCAGAAAUUUUGGCUUGAGCAUGAGUGACAGGCAUUCUUUCUCUUGACCUUCUAAUUGGCAUUCUCAUUUGCCUCUAUAGAGUUGUCAUUCUUGUAACUUCUUUCAAGAAUAAUGAAAAAAAAAUGAUCUCCAGCUGUCAGUGGGUGUGUGUGUGUAUGGAUAUAUGGAGUAUAUAUUGUAAUCACACUUUUACGGGUCAAACCAUGUAGAGAAGCAGAUACAACCUAAAUUUGGCUAUUUACAAAGGAAACUCAUCUAAACAAGAAGCAAGAGAAAAAAACAAAAAGAACAAAAGAAGGGAACAAGUACAUAGUCUUUUUGGAAAACGUGUAGAGUUCUCAACUCCAAAAGCCCGAUUGUCCCUUUCUCUCGAUAGGCACCACUUCACAUGAGGGUGUGUAAUAUUCCUGAACAAGCUCAAGGUACCAAUUGGAAUACUUGUCCUCCAUGCAAAAAAAAUAAAUCCAACACAAACUUUGGCAACAUCCAAGUGAUGACAAAGAUACAAAAACGAAUCCAUUUCUGGUCCACUACUGGGGCUUUUCUUGGCUGUAUGUUGAUUGAAGCUAUGGCAGUUGUGUUACUGUGUUAUUGUCUUGUGGUAGAGGUUUUCCUUUGAAAUGUUCAGUCUUUUGUUAUGUGAUGGCAGAAAGGUUGAGUUACAUCUCUAAAUGAUUCAUUAGAAUUCUCUAUUCUGAAUGAUGCAUUCAAAA